AUGGAGAACACAGGUACAUCUCCUUUGGAAGUAGCUAAUCCAUCGAAUAAGACGUCUUUAGAAACUCCAGAUUUGAGUUUAGAAGUAUUAAAUAAAACCCAACAGUUGAUUGAUUUGGGAAGCCCUAGUAGAAGCCCUAGCCCUAGUGAAAGCCCGAAAGAACGCCCUAGUUUAUUUAGAAACCAAAGUGAACGCCAGAGCGCGAAAAUAAAACACAGCUUAGAGAGAAGUUUAAGUUUAGACAAUAAAAAGGUUACACGUAGCAAGGUUACGGACGAUUUUGAACAUAUUGAGUUAACGUUCGGGAGAAAACCGCGUGUAAAGAAAAUGGUUACCAUAAAAUUAGAGGAAGCAUUUAAGCUUAUACCUAUGUGUACGGGAGAAGACGAUAUCUAUCCGUUCAUGAAUGCAUGUGAUAUGGCAGUAAAUUUAGUUGAAGAAAAAUGCGCACCGACUUUAGUUAAAUAUAUAACAACUAGGUUAUCCGGUAGAGCAUUAGAAAUGAUAAAAUAUAAAAAUGUUGCUAAAUGGGUAUACAUUAAGAGUUAUUUAUCGGAUGCUUUUGAAGAUACGACAACUGCUUCAAGUUUGCAGAUACAAUUAAAUUCCAUUAAGAUGCGUCAUGGUGAAGACGUCAAUGAUUAUUGUCAUAGAGUAGAAAAAUUGUAUUAUAAAUUAUGUAAUGCGUGUACACUUAAUAAAGAAGAAUCAGAAGCAAAAGUAAUUCACGAAACUUUAAAAGAACAAACACUGAAUAUUUUUAUAAAAGGAUUAAUAAGUCCUAUAAGAACAAUUGUAAAGGCACGAAAUCCUAAAACAUUAGAGGUAGCUAAGCAAUUGGCAAAAGCAAAAGAAGUAGAAUAUAAUUCAGAAAGAGAAAAUAACGGAUACAGGAACGAUUUUAAUAAAGGCAAUUAUAAUGCUUCACGACAAAACAAUAAUAACUGCCAACGUGUGAAUAAUACAAAUACGAAUAGUCGUAAUAGGAAUUUCCAACCGAACAACUUUAGUAAACCAAGUUAUCAAUGA